CUGCGCCGCUGCCUUGGGAUUGGUAGUCGAGUUCUGCGCGUCGCGCCUUUUCUGACGACUACGACAAUAUGGCGGCAGAAAGUGGAAGUGAUGCACAACUGAGGAGAAGAAGGCGCGGGGAUACAGAAGACCCAGAAAAAAAUGAAUUCAGCCAAAGAGAGCUGGCAGCGGCUCAAGAGAACGAAGAAGAGAAUGAAGAGCGAUGGGUUGGGCCAUUACCUGUAGAGGCAACGUUGGCCAAGAAGAGAAAAGUUCUAGAAUUUGAAAGAGUCUAUCUUGAUAAUCUCCCCAGUGCUUCCAUGUAUGAGCGCAGUUACAUGCAUAGAGAUGUCAUCACCCAUGUGGUAUGCACCAAGACAGAUUUCAUUAUUACUGCCAGUCAUGAUGGACAUGUUAAGUUCUGGAAAAAAAUAGAAGAGGGCAUUGAGUUUGUUAAACAUUUUCGUAGUCACCUAGGAAUUAUUGAGAGUAUUGCAGUUAGCUCUGAGGGAGCAUUGUUCUGUUCUGUGGGUGAUGAUAAAGCAAUGAAGGUGUUUGAUGUAGUGAACUUUGACAUGAUCAAUAUGCUGAAGCUUGGCUAUUUUCCUGGACAGUGUGAAUGGAUCUAUUGCCCAGGGGAUGCCAUAUCGUCAGUUGCUGCUUCUGAGAAGAGUACAGGAAAAAUUUUCAUUUAUGAUGGCCGAGGAGAUAAUCAACCACUUCAUAUAUUUGACAAACUUCAUAUAUCACCUCUUACUCAGAUACGUUUAAAUCCAGUUUAUAAAACAGUAGUGUCCUCUGAUAAGUCUGGAAUGAUUGAAUACUGGACUGGGCCACCUCAUGAAUACAAGUUCCCCAAAAAUGUGAACUGGGAAUAUAAAACUGACACAGAUUUAUAUGAAUUUGCCAAGUGCAAGGCUUAUCCAACCAGCAUAUGUUUUUCACCUGAUGGGAAGAAGAUAGCUACUAUAGGUUCAGACAGAAAAGUUAGAAUUUUCAGGUUUUUAACUGGAAAACUCAUGAGAGUCUUUGAUGAAUCACUAAGUAUGUUUACUGAACUGCAGCAGAUGAGGCAACAGCUACCAGACAUGGAAUUUGGCCGACGAAUGGCUGUAGAACGUGAGUUGGAGAAAGUGGAUGCAGUAAGAUUAAUUAAUAUAGUUUUUGAUGAAACUGGACACUUCGUGUUAUAUGGAACAAUGUUGGGCAUUAAAGUUAUAAAUGUGGAAACAAACCGGUGUGUGCGGAUCUUAGGCAAACAGGAAAAUAUUAGAGUGAUGCAACUGGCUUUGUUCCAGGGUAUAGCCAAGAAACACCGUGCUGCAACUACAAUAGAAAUGAAAGCUUCUGAAAACCCUGUUCUUCAGAAUAUUCUACCUGACCCUACGAUAGUCUGUACAUCUUUCAAAAAAAACCGGUUUUAUAUGUUUACUAAACGAGAACCAGAAGAUACAAAAAGUGCGGAUUCUGACCGAGAUGUUUUCAAUGAAAAGCCGUCUAAAGAAGAAGUCAUGGCAGCUACUCAAGCUGAAGGACCUAAGCGAGUUUCAGAUAGUGCCAUUAUCCACACAAGCAUGGGAGAUAUUCACAUCAAACUUUUUCCUGUUGAGUGUCCUAAGACAGUGGAAAACUUCUGUGUUCACAGCAGAAAUGGUUAUUAUAAUGGACAUACAUUCCACCGUAUAAUUAAGGGCUUCAUGAUUCAGACAGGAGAUCCAACAGGUACUGGUAUGGGAGGAGAAAGCAUAUGGGGAGGAGAAUUCGAAGAUGAAUUUCAUUCAACAUUACGUCAUGACAGACCGUAUACACUCAGCAUGGCCAAUGCUGGAUCAAAUACUAAUGGGUCCCAGUUUUUCAUAACAGUCGUCCCAACGCCUUGGCUUGAUAAUAAGCAUACAGUAUUUGGACGAGUGACUAAAGGAAUGGAAGUUGUACAGAGAAUCUCCAACGUCAAAGUCAAUCCCAAAACAGAUAAGCCCUAUGAGGAUGUCAGCAUCAUAAAUAUUACUGUCAAGUAAAGUAAGAAUUGUUCCAUUGUAUGUGUAAGUAAAAAAUAUACAUGUUAACCUAGGAUUAUUUUAUAUUAGGAAACUCUUAAGAAUUGUUGAACAUACAAAUUAUGUUUCAAGGAUAUUAUUAUAUUUUUUAAAUUUUCAUUAAAGGUCAUUUGUU